AUUGACCGGGUGUUUCGUAAAGUGGUAAACAAACAAUUUAAAAAUUGAGAAAAUGUCGAAAAUGACCAAUGUUAACUCUAGCUUGGCUUACGAAAUACUUCUUUAUUUGAAUUCUUUUUAUUUAGGAAUGUUCUUCGUGUGUGAAGUAGCUAUGGGUAUACUGAAAGCUAUAAAUGUUUCGUAUCCAGAGAACGCUCUUUUUACCGAAGCCGGAAUAUUUUGUGCCCUUUGUUUAAUCGAAGUAAUUCGUAUAUUUUUGGGACGGAGAGGAAACUUGGCUAGUAAAAAAGUGCCAGUAUUCUUCUCAGUGGUACUUACAAUACCAUCUGCGGUUGGUGUUUGUUAUUUUCUUAUAUACCAGACUUAUAUACUACGACUGGAGUACAUAUGGUGUGCUGUGAUGCUCAUGUUCCAUGCAUUAGAGCUUGUCUUUGCCAUUCUCUUCGUCCUGACUGUAUGUAAAAGUCAUCAAUAUGAAUAGAAAACGUUUAAAUGGACUAUUUUGCCAAAGAGAUAUUAAAUGCCAAAGAUAUGGAC